AUGGAGGGAGGAGGACCAGGGUUUAGAUUCUACCCAACAGAAGAAGAGUUGGUAACAUUCUAUCUGAAGUACAAGAUACAAAACAGUGGCACCACCAGAUUACUACGAGAAAUCGAUCGAGUCAUUCCCCAGUUUCAUAUUUAUGAUUUCUAUCCUUGGGACCUUCCUCAAUAUGCAGGAGAGCGGUGUAAAGGAGACCCUGAGCAAUGGUUCUUUUUCGUUCCUAGACAGGAGAACGAAGCAAGAGGAGGACGAACUUCCCGCCUCACAAGUUCCGGGUACUGGAAGGCCACUGGAUCUCCUAGCAUCGUCUACUCUUCUGGUAAUCGAGGUAUUGGGAUCAAAAGAACCAUGGUUUUCUAUAAUGGUAGAGCUCCAACCGGAAGGAAAACUAAAUGGAAAAUGAAUGAAUACAAGGCUUUUGAAGAAGAACCCUCCUCAAACACUAAUCCAACACCAGAGCUGAUGCAAGACUGGAGUUUGUGUCGAGUAUACAUAAAAUCAAACUGUUUGAGGGCAUUCGACCGACGACCAUCAGGAGUUGUGAGAUCAAGACCAGUUCAUGAAACCCAUCAAGAUCACGACAACGUUCUUCAUGCAACCACAUCAUCGAUGAUAGAGAGGACGACGGGUUCAUCGUAUAAUCAUAGCUAUAUAUCAUCAGAACAGAAGAAUAUUACAAAUUCUUACUCUAUAAUUAUGGAGGUCAUGGAUCAACCUUUGUGGGAUUGGGAAGAACAUCUUAAUUAUUUAUAA